UCCCCAGCCUUUUCGAAGUUGCAAAGACUGGCGAUGCAGGGGAAUUGCAAAAAAUUUUAAAACGCAUGACAGAGACGGAAAAGUUGAAAUUGAUAAAUGGGAGAAAUGAACAAGGGCAGACACCCCUCAAUAUUGCUGUUCGGCGAAAUAACUUUCAAUGUGUCAAGCUUCUUUGCUCAGCAGGGGCAAAUGUUAAUUUAGCAGACAAGGAAGGGAACACACCCUACCACAUUGCAGCAAAGAGAGACCAUACAGAUUGCUUAGAAACACUACUUAAAGUUGAGGACAGAGAACUUGACAAGAAAAGUUUUGAAGGUGAUGCAGCUCUUCAUUUGGCAGUGCGGUGCAACAGCGUUGAAAGUGCAGAGAUGCUCAUAAGAGCAGGAGCCAAUGUUAAUAAGAAAAAUGACACUGCUGGAUCGACCCCACUACAUUUAGCUGUUCUAUUUGACAACAGACAACUAGUUAACCACUUGUUGAUACAGGUCCGUUUCAUUGUAUUGUAUUUAAGGGGGCAAUACACAGAAAAUGGCCAACAAUUGACUUGCGAUUGAUUCCAUACGCGUAGUUCUAC